GCAAUAAACAAGCCAAAAUAAAAUUCUGGGAUACUAUCAAAUUUUGGUUUCAUUAAAUCAGUUAUAAUCCCAUCUUGCCCAUGUAGCCUGGGUGAAGAUGGGUUCUUCCACUUGUUGCACCAGUCGUCAACCUCCUUCCCCCGAUGCAGCCUCACCUCGUCCUGUACGAUCACCAUCACUUACCCCAGUUAACACUCUGAGUAAAUCUCCAAGAAAAGCUUCGAACUUAAGGACUGGGGAACUACAAACAGAAGUCACUAGAUGGGGGGGCUCGGCUACAAAAAUGGAAGAUGCAAUAGAAAUGAGAGCCCUUUUUGAAGGAGAAUGUUUCCCUGAUAGUGAUAAAGAGAACGGAAUUGUGGUAGUCGAUGAAGGAGAUAGUGAUGAUGAUGACGAGGACGAAAGGCGGCAGGAAGUUAAGCAAAUGCUCAGCUCCAACACACUCAAAUCCGUCAAAAACCGUUUAAUGAAAACAUUUUCCCGCGAAUCUGGCAUUGCAAAGGCCGAUAAGAGAAGAAGUAUAGGACCCAGCCAGGAAGAAGUCGAGCGAAGAAAAGAACUGAGGAGGAUAAGGCAGAAGAGAAUUGAAGAGGAAUUGAGUUAUGAUGAUGGAUAUGAUGAGGAUGCUCAAUCUAUGAGUACAGUGGAUUGUCCUGCUACGAGGACCGACAAGGGUCAGAAGAGGCAGUCUGUUUUACCGGAGGACAGUGGCAACUUUCCAAUUUUCAGAAAGCAGAGCUCUUCCUUUGGAUCAGAAGCGGUUAGCAAUGGCAGCAAGAAGUCUCUCUCUACCAGCAAUAAUGAUAACGCGAGUAAAGUAUCGCCAUCAGCUAUCAAGCUUGAUAACAUCAGCAAGGUAUCACUUUUGAAACCAGCAGAUAGAGGAAAGUCCCGAACAUAUUUGGGUCCUGGUGAUCCUAACCCCAAUCUUCUCAAACCGGUCAACACUCCACCCCGAAGAUACAGUUCACCUGGUCCUUUUCCUACACCAAGUGAAAUUGACUUUUUCCAGCCUGAAAAACACCACCUGAGAAAAACAGACAGUGAGGUUUGUUCUAUACCUUCAACACCUCUAAUAGAGGCUCAAAUAUUACCAAAUUUGACUACCCUUAACCCAAGUACAGCCUCAAGUUGGCGAUUAUCAUAUACUUCUCAUAAAAACAAUCGUGGAGCGCAUCUUCGAAGGUUAAGUCAACAAUUUGAUGCUCCAAUACAGUCAGCGACGGAUGUUGCAAACGUGGGAACUCAAACACUGCCACGCUGGCUAAAAACUCAGGGGCUCCAAUUACCUUCGCAAGGUAUCACUACUUCGGAAGUUAGCACUGCACAGAAAGAGCCAUCAUUUAUGCGUCCACCACGUUCAGAUACUGGAUUUGGUGGGGUUGAUGGCAGCGGAAGCUUUUCAAAUAUGCAUUUGCAGGAUAUGGAUAUUUCUAAACGUCUUCUGCAGAGCUCUUGCUCGUCACCACAACUGGUCAGCUGGGAGAAGCAUCACCGUGAAGCUUCUGGAAUUAGUACUGCGACAAAUAGUCGUGCUAGGUAUAUGAGAAACCCAUCGGAAACAAUAUCAAUUCCUUCAUGUCCAUCAAUUGCUUUGAGCGAGCUAGUGCCACCAAAUUGGGGGAAAACACCAAAUGAUGGAACAUCUUCAUUUUACCCUACCGUGCCGAAUAGUAUUCAGCCUUCGCCAGAAUGUUCAAGGUUUGAGCUUUCUUCUUUCAUGUCAAUGAAUAGAAGCAUCCCUACAAUGGUGGAGCCACAAGUAAUUGAUGAGAUGAUUAGUCCUCUUCGCUCGCCAUUAAUGCCAGCAGCAAUGGGGUGCGAUACACCUACCACAAUCAACGUAUCGUUAACAAGCCUUCAUGCCCCUUUAAGCAGAUACUCCGCUAAACAAAUUGAUGAGAGCUCACUUUUUGCUUCUGAAACUACCAGUUUUCGAGAGCGAGAACUGGAAUUGAGUCAUAUUCAAGCACGGUUUGCUUCAUCCGAUUUGCGUCGACCUCCAAGUACACCAAUAUCAAGCAAGUUUCGCGAAGAGUUUGAUAUUUCACUCACCCCUCAAACCAAAUCUCCAUUUCAGAAGCUUGUCAGGGCUUGCUCACUGAAAAGAAGCCGUGAUCUUGUGGAAGAGGAUCUGCUACUUGCUCCUCCACCGCAUAGAUCGGGAUUCGGGUAUAGAUUCACCUCUACUCCCACAACUCUAGGUAGAAGAAGCUCUGCACGUUAUUCAACUUCGGCGAAAAAAACUUCGGAAAGACAUCGAACCCCCAUUGUUGAUGAUUCAAUCGAUACUCCAGUAAAAGGCAAGUUUUCUGCAUUUCGCAGAAUCAAACGCCUAGCUAGUCUGGGUGGAUACGAUGGUCCGGCAGAUGAUCAUCGAAGAAGUAGAGCCGAUUCUGGUACUGCACGACGACCAUCUGCUUUGGAUGCCAGGCUAGGCUUGGGCGCUGAGAUGACCGCAAAGGAGGCUCAACGGAAAAUAUCUAUACCUCCUAAUAUACCAUCCAUUAGAUUGCCAGUUCCCGAGUCUCCGAGUAUCAACACGGUAGACGCUCAUGAGCCUGGUGUUCUGGCUCGCAUUAGCACAUCCAUACAUGCUCCGACUCCGGAACUUCAUUUUCCUGAUACUCUUGCUCGUAUCGGUACUUCUAUGCAUAUUGACUUGCCCACACCUCAUUUUCCCGAUGCCUCAUCGCUUCUUCAUACUCCCCAUUUUGAUAUUCCAACCCCUCACAUUCCACAUAUUCCUCAUAUCAAUGUGGGUCAUCACGAUUCAGAUUCUGCUCCAAAGGAAAAGAAAGGGCCCAAAGCAGCACCUGCAAUUGUUCCAAUUGCUCCACCAAAAUCAAGGGUUCAAAAGCCUGGCAAUGAUCCUCAAGGUGGGGCACCACAGUGGAGAGGCCCACGAGCUAGGAAUCGCUCCACGACUAGGGAUGACAAUAGGAGAAGAAUGGAUACUAGUCAGGAUGACUCCGCUGCUGUUUGGAUGAAAGCAGUAAAAGGUGCUGUAUCAGAUAGAUCCAAAGCACGCAAGGACAAUCAAGACGGAGAUGACAUUUUUGGAGAUUGGGAGGCAGAACUAGCUGGAGUUGCAUCAAAAUCUAAAUAUGAAAGCCGAAAGUUUGGCUCGAGAGGUAAACCGAAGAUCCAUCAUAUUGAGCAAUUCCCAGAAGCUUGGUGCAGAUUUCCCAGUCAUGAAAGAAAUGCUAGGGGCCAUGAAAGUGCGGGUGUAGAGGCAUCUGUUGAAACCAAAGAUUUUGCCAUUUUAAGAGCGGGAAAUGAGGCUUUGGGAAUAUCGGAUCAUUCUUGCGGUACGAGAAGGAGGAGAAGGCCAGGUAUGUAUACUGAGAAUAGUAGUGAUCUUAGUGAUUCUCAAGUUCUAUCCGAUGAGGAAUUGGAUGCAAUUGAAGCUGCAGAGCCGUGGAUCAAACGGUGGAGUCGGAAAAUCAAAAUAGCUUGGAUGGAUUAUAGGAUUCAGGAGGAUCAGAAGAGUCAUGCAUUUCACUCGGGGAGUUUGGGGAGAAGAGGUUCGAUGACUAUGGAUGGAAAAGUACCAUUUCCAGAAUUGGAAUUGUUACCAAUGAGAGCACCCCCUCCGCCAAGUGAAGUGGUAGAUAAUGAAGCGGAUGAUCUUGAGGAGGAAAGAAAGAGAGUAGAAGCGAUUCAGAAAGCUAAAAUUAAACCGCAUUAUGAGGCGGCAGAUUUGACGCAGAGUAAGGGAGGUGUGAGCGAUUUGUUGGAUAUUUUUAGUACAGGGCCUGAGGAGCCGGCUGAACCAAAAAUGCCAGUUAAGAAGAAGGGACCAAAAGCAAAGAAGGUUAAAGACCCUUAUGCAUUGGAUGAAGACGAUGGAUUGGGUGCUGGUGGUGGUGGUGGUGGUGGAGAAAAGGGUGAUGAAGACGAAAUGCCCAAGAAGAAAGGAAAGAAGGUCAAGGACCCCUAUGCAAUUGAUGAUGAUGAUGAAGACGAGGAUUUGCCACCCGCCCCAAAGAAGAAGGAAAAAGUGAAAGAUCCGUACGCUAUUGAUAAUGAUGACGACGAUGAAGAUAUGCCGCCUGUUCUGAAGAAAAAGGGCAAAGCGAAAGACCCAUAUUCUAUCGAUGAUGAUAUGGAUGGCUCAUCGGAUUUUGGUUCUGGUGAUGAAUUGGGCAGAAUUGAUCAAAUCGUUAUGAAAGAAGUGCUAAGUGAUGAUGAUACGAUUGAUCACACACGAUUCGAAGACUCGGUCAUUAGUUUUCGUGAUCCUGAAUUCUAUCAGGAUUGUUUAGUGAUGCCCAAGGAACCAAGUCCUGUGCAUGUUAAAGAAUGCUCCGUACUAUCUAGUCAUGGAAUCAUUGAAGAAGAAAUUGAGGACCCAUCUAGAAACGGCGCGGGGAUUGGAGUACAAGUGAAAGAGAUUGGCGAGGGGGUUAUCAAGCAAAUUGAGAAGUUCAGAACGUGGAAUGGCAAAGAUUGGGAGAAGGAAAUGGGAAGUUUCUUGAGAAGAAGAGACACGAGUGUAGGAAGAGAUAGUAUGAGAAGCGCGAGAUCUGGAUGGAGUAUUGGAAGUCAGGGGUCUAGAAAUACGGUGAGGAGUGUUGGAGUUGAGGUCAAGAGACUUGAGGACUUGGAGAGAGAAAGGAAGGCUUUGAGAAAGGGUGGGGGUCAUUUGACGGGGGGUGUGCCGAGGAGGGUUAGAGGGAAUAGAGAAAGAGAUUAUGAGAGAGGACAUGAAAGGAGCAUUAGCUUAGGGGGAGGAGUUGGGUCAUUAGAAGCAUUGAAUAGUUCAAGUGAGACCAGGGGAAGGAGGUUGACGUUUGGUAGUGGCAGAUAGUGGGUUGACUGGUACGAACGGUUAGGUUUAGCGCCUUCAGAGAGACUCUAAUCUGAUUCUACUCCCAUAACUCGGGACUGAAGAAAAAUCUUUGGCUCGUUUAUCCCAGAAAUCGGAAUCGAUAGUCAUUUUUGGAGUUGGCUAAGUCAAGUAUAACUUUUCGCGGGGCAUGGGUGGACAUUAUCUUCAUGUAUCAUUCAUUUUCGAGACAUUUCUUAUAAGACUGAAUCUAUGCAUUAGAGAUAUUGGGUCUUGAGUGGUGAGAGAUUAGUAGGUUCUAAUGAGUAUAGCUAGGUUUUAGGUGUAAGUCUGGGAUUGAGAAGGUUUAGAGGAUUUCGGUUGGUAUUAUUCUGUUGUGCAAAUUAUACUUGAGCAUUGUGCAAUCCAUAGAGACUACA